AACAUAACCCGACCAAAUUAGUAUGAGAUAAUUGAGCAUUUUCGCCCUAUAGACUCCACGUAACGCUGUCACUUGCUGUCACCCAUGACGCAUCUGCUAUUUAGCAAAAAAUAACUAUGUUAGCCUGCGGAUGCUUCUGCCUGGGCGCCCAUUUCAAGCAAGGGUUGCCAUACUUGUCCUCCAAUUUCAACCAGGUCACCCUUUUCUAAGUCAGUUUCUAAUCCAGACGGUUGGGUAAUGCAGGAUAACACUUGUUUUUCUGUGCUACCGGUUUGAUACAGAUUUUUGAAGAUGGUUAACUAUUCAAAUGCUGUUUGUUUCAAAAUUGACCCUUGACCAGUCACGUGAUUCCCAGGCUUAGAAAGACACAAGCUAGAUUUGUUUCUCUGCUCCCUGGUUUCUCUACAAAAACGGGAAGAUGAAGUUUGUGAACCUUUUUGGUCGCCUAAAAUCCGUGGUUAUUGGAAUGAUUCAUGUGAAAGCCUUACCAGGUACCCCCCUGAGUUGCUUGAAAAUGUCCCAAAUCACGGAAGAAGCAUGCAGGGAGGCAGCAAUCUACCGUGACGCAAGGAUUGAUGGUGUGAUCAUUGAGAACAUGCAUGAUAUCCCUUACUCCUUCUCUGUGGGCCCUGAUGUGUGUGCCUGUAUGACUGCAGUAUGUGCUGCUGUGAGAAGCAUCUGUCCAUUCCUCCCGCUCGGAGUGCAAAUACUGUCUUCUGCUAACCAGCAAGCACUAGCCAUAGCUCUGGCUUCAGGUCUGGAUUUCAUCAGGGCUGAGGGAUUCGUCUUUUCUCACGUGGCUGAUGAGGGCCUCCUGAAUGCCUGCGCUGGGGACUUACUGAGAUAUCGCAAGCAGAUUGGAGCUGAACAUGUGCAGAUCUUCACAGACAUCAAAAAGAAGCACAGCUCCCAUGCCCUGACAUCAGAUGUGAGCAUUGAAGAGACGGCGCGUGCUGCUGAGUUCUUCUUGUCAGACGGACUCAUCAUCACGGGAGUGGCCACAGGAGGGCAGGCUGAUCCGCGGGAGCUCAGAGAGGUUUCCCAGUCUGUGAGAAUCCCAGUACUAAUAGGUUCUGGAGUGACCUACGAUAAUAUUCAAAGCUACCUUGAUGCAAAUGGAAUCAUCAUCGGUUCUCAUUUCAAGGAGGACGGCCACUGGGCCAAUGCAGUCGACCCAGAGCGUGUGAAGAGGUUAAUGGGAAAGAUACACGACUUUCGAAAAUGAGAGGGAAGGUUUUGUGUCAUCAUCCCAGAGCCUUAAACAUGUUUGAUUCUAUUGUUCAAUUACUGCCACAUUAAACACAUACAACCACCA